CUCGCGCGUCACUUCCUGCGCUACGUCACUUCCUACAGUCAUUCGCGUACAGCAGCAAGCAUGGCCGACAUCCGUGGUGAUCGGACCCUGCGCCACGUGGAGAUGGACGUUCUCAUUCCCAAGAAGAUGCGGGAGAAGGGGCAGGUCUUGUGCUCCGAGCACGUGAACGCUUUCAGCGAGUGCUGCAAGUCCAGCAGCGUGUUCAUGGUGUUCAAGUGCCGCAAGGAGAACACCGCGCUGAAGACGUGUCUCACUAGUUACUACAGGGACCCGGAGUUCUACGACAUGUGCAAGCGCGAGUACCUGCAGGAGAAGGAAGACUUCCAGAUAAGGGGGAUUCCUUUGAAACUGCGGAAGCAGCAGCAAGCGGCGGCCGCAGCCGCAGCGGGUGGGAAUCAAGAAGCGGGACAUUGACAUCGCCCCCCCCCCGUCUCAUGUCUGGCGAUUACUUUGAAAAGGGAUACAUUUGAAAAUGGAAAUGUGUCACUUCGAAGGAUAGAAAAAACAGAUUCUGUGGUAUCAGCUAACUGAAUGUCUUCAGGGAAAACUGUCGAUAGCUCUGUAAAUGUGCCCUUUGGAAUGCCAAGUGUUUUAUUUUUUAUGAUUCGUAAGUAGUCACGUUGACCGUGAUAGGCGAUUCCUAACCACCACGGCCACUCGCCCCCUCAAUUGACGAAAUGAGUGAAGGCGUCGCAAGUGAAUUGAGCAUCCCACGCUCGAAAUCAUUCUUCCCUGAGCAAAAAAUGUCAGUCUUGUCUCAGCAGCAGAAAAUAAAUAAAAGUAAAAUACGGUAUUCAUUGCAGAAGGUUUCCAGAGAAAUUGAUGUUCUAACAAGGCAUCGUGAAGAAACACCCUGUAACAGGGGUGUUUCCCCUGUAACAGACAUAAGACGUGCAAAAUAUGUCCGACCUUUGUGUAUUAUGAGCAUUAUGUUUAUACAUAAGGGGUUACACGUAUGUACAAGUAUAUACAUAAAUAUGUAUUCCUAUGUUUGUUGUGAUGCACUUUUAUACGUUUAAGCCCAAGUGCAAACUAGCCUGGGCAUUUAUUUUUAACACUGCAUCUUCAACUCGUCUGUGGCAUUCGGAUUCACCAAAGCACCCGAACUCCACAUUGAGAAAACAGCGGCCUCCUUCCCGUCCUGCCACCGUCAGGAUUCCCAUUCCCCCCGCCAGGUUUAUUGUAUGAUUGUAUGUACAGUCGAUCAUCGAUUAUCCGCCAGCUUCGGGGGGGGGGGGGGGGGGGGGUGAGGGGGCACCGGAUAUUUUAAAACGCCGGAUAAUCUCUAAUUAUAAAUAUUAAUAAGUAUGUUUGCACAUUCUUGUAUGACAUGUUUUUUAGGUGUUGUUAUAUACUUGUGUUUUAAAUUUGUUUAAUAUGUGAAAUUGGCAUAAAUAGACAAAUAAAUAUCCUACUUUAAAAAGUUAUUGUAUUUACUGUACCGUGCUUACCACUCCAAUCUCGAAGACUGCAUGGGGUGAUGCAUAUACAUGCAGUAUUCUCAUUAAGUUGUACGUAGUGUAUAAUGUACUGUAUUUAUUUAACAGUGAAAUCAAGCGUAGCUACUUUUUUUCUCAUGCACAUGGUGCCGAUCAGUGGACUGGAUUGGUUUUGCCGGAUCAGCCUGAGACCGCCGGAUAAUGUUGGAAGCCGGAUAAUCGUGCGCCGGAUAAUCGAUGAUCAACUGUAUUAGCUUUGUAAAAGUCCGCAUACUCCUUAAAGCUGCUGGAUUACAGGUUCCCUGCCAUCAGAAGCUAGAAUUAGACCAACAUUCCAGGAUGUGUCAACAGAUGUGAAAAAGGUACUCGCCUGAGUUGAGACCCGUGCCGAGAUAAGACAGCCACAAAAUGAACAUCAGUCUUGCCCUGUAGGCCGCUACAACCAAACCAGCUGUGCCCGGUGGAUAUUUUUUUUGCCUCGCAUCUUCCCCAUGGCCGAAUGUGUCUUACCUGCUCAAACCAGCCUGCGUCAGGGAAUGCCAGCCAUUCGGUGAUCCAGACACGCAUUCAAUUUGGACAACUCCAGGGGCAAGCUGGUCUGUUAUCAGACGCAGGGGUUGGCAUCGCGCUGAAAACAUUUUGUAAAAAAAAAAGGAAAACUUAUGUUACAAAAAAGUAAAAACUAUUGCAAAGUUAUUUUUAAAACCCAAAAAAGUGAGGAGUGGUUAAUUAAAGUACCUUACGCUUUAGAAUCCAUUAGCAUUGAAUGGAUGCCUAGGAAUCCCCGAGCAUUUGCCACGUGGCACGCGCUCGUGGCUUGAUCACCUGGCGAGUUCCUGCACGCCGAGCCGGGUGUCGUCGCAUUGUCGCCACGGCGUUCUUCUCGGGAGAAUUUCCCUCCUUCGGGGUGCUGCUCUGUCCUGAGCCUGUACCUACCGGCCAUCGUUCCCUUCUCGCGAGGUGCCACGAUGAGUAUUGUAGUCUUACAUAAUGUGUACAAGUUCCCGAAGAAUUUCAUCGUCAUCGCGAUGCACGGGCAGAUAGCCCCGUUAGGUGUCCACUGCACGUUUCGUCAUUUGUUUCCACUUUCCUGUCUUGUGCCAAUGUGCUCAAGGAGUGGCCACAUUUCUGACACCAGUCUUAUGUCGUCGUGAAGCCAUUCUCUAAAAAUUGUUGACCCUUUUUGGCAGUAAAACAGGUGUUAAGAUGUUCAAACAGCAAAUAGAAACCUUCUGCAAGGAAUAAAGUCUGCAUUAACCACACACAGUACUUGUGGUGAACAUGCAAACAAACAUCCUCUGGUGAUAUAUAUGCAUUGUCUUUGAAUUGGCUGACACCAGACAGAGCCCUCUUAAUGGCCUAGUCUCACCAGUGUCAGACCAGAAAGGGUAAAACCUAUUAUUUUUCAUACUUUGAUACUGGUGUAGUGUCAGCGGAGCGGGAGACGAGGUUUUUCACGAGCACCUUUAUUAACUUGACGCCUUCAGGUUCGCCCUCGCACACUCCCUCGUCGUCUAGCCGAGCCUUAAUACAACCCUGACCGUGUAACACCGAUGGCGCUGACCGAGACAGCCAACAACUCUGGGCCGUGCAAUACCUAGCGAAGAUGGCAGUGACGAAGGCAGCGAAGACGACAGACGAGUCCACUGCCAGAAGCGGUAGCCACGAGCUCCUGCUCUCAGCUGCUUUUAUGCUCCCUGGCGCCACCUGGCUCCGCCCUGGCCGCGCCUCCCUUCUCAAACCCACUAGCAGGUUCCAGGGGCUUCCAGAUGGGGCCUUCCAUGACACUUGCCCCAAUCCGUCCGCCCUGCCGACACAGGCGUGUAGAUGCUCACCGGCGUGUGUGCUGCUUGUCCACCGCAGUUGCUGGACAACAGUUGGCGCUAUUAACACUACACUGGUUACAAAAGUUUCCAUGGUCAAGCCAUUCUCUCUCGUCUUCCUCUCUUUCUGGUUUCUUCGAUUUUUCCGAUCACACUUAAUUUUCCUGUUUGUCCAUCCUACCUGUGUCCAAAUAUUGCCAACUUCCUUCUCACUGCCUGCAUCAUCAUCCGGUUGUCUUCUUCUCUGUGCAACAAUUUUCUUCUACGUUGGUCACUCUUUAGGUCCAGCUUAAAGCGUUUCACCAUUACCGAAUCUGUAAUGAGUGGAUUGCAACCGUCAGUUUAAUAAUGCUCAGUAGUAAGAUUGUAAAUAGAAAACGAUAUCUUUAUUUUCUAAUUUAACAUGCAGAAUUCACUCAACUGUACAAUAUAUAGAAUCGAUCACGUAAAAGUGAUUACGGCAAACCUGUUUAUUAAUUUACCAAUUUAAGCGCGCGACUUUUGUCAAAUACAAAAAAACAUCAUUCCUGCGAACAGCUUUGCAUUUCACAUCUGCCACAUUAACAGCCAAGCACAAGCCAACCAAUUCGGAUCGCCCCCCUCUUCGAGAUUCGCAAAUCAUCAACGCCACUGCCGCGACAUCACAGGGACCACGUGGUCAUUCCCCCCCACGUGACCCCACGGGACCCGCGGUGUUGGGCCCCGUGGGGUAGCGUGCGCACCCAGUGUGUUUGUGUGUACGACCCACAUGCACAGCAGCAAGCUCAACCGCUGUGGAGCAAUCACAUCGGACACCUUUCUGAAAGAGCUGUAGGUCUCGCGCUGUUUGUGUGUUUAGUUUGAUGUCCUUCCCCCACCCUCCCGGCACCUCAGAUGAGCACGGUUGACUACAUACGGCGCGGAAGAAGUUCAACAUACAGUAUAUAACAUAAAGGUCGUCUCUCAUACUUGUCGUCUUUAGGACCCGCAGUCUCUGGGCUGUCAAAAUUCUUUGUUGAGCACCACGUGUGCAGUUCGUUGUAAGUGACUUUUCAACUCACGUUUCCCCCGCAGUGUGACCGGUGCCCAAACACGUUUACAUCAACAGACCAAGACCAACAUCGACGCAUCAACAUCGUCAGCAUGAAAGCUGUGUGGGGGGAGGGGGGUUGAGCCCUGAUAUCAAACAAUGAGUAAUCGCAGCAAACAAUAUGCAGCCUAUUCCUGACCAAUCUAUUCUACCGCAAGUGUCCCUGCACUGCUUUCUGUAUACGCACCUGUGCACGAAGUGUAUAGUUAUAUCUUGACUUAAAGCUUUCGUGACUGCAGGAAUUCAUAUUCUUUGGGUCUUCAGGUGAAAAAAAUAGCUUUUUUCACCUGAGGACGAUUGCUUGUGUUGCGAUCGAAACGUCGUGAUAGUUAUUAUUUUGAUUAUUUUCUAUCUACGUGGCUUUAUCGAAAGACCCCAAGAAUGUGUUGUUAUAGCUAGCGGCCAGGAAAGAAUCCAGUUUCCAUUCUCUGCAGGUGCAUUAAAUUGCCCGUAUUAAUUUCAGAACGCUCUAUAAUUGUGACAUUUCCCCAAUGCCCUUUCAAUUUACGCCACUGCUGCUUCCCUUCCCACGAUGAUACGCCGGGCUCGUUCAGCAAAGCGCCCAGCGGGGGGGCUAUGGGACCCGUGGUAAUGCCACCUCGGGCCCAAUUUACCCAACAACGGAUGUUUGGGAAGCUGGUGCGCGUAAUUUGGGAGGUGGGACUUCGGCCCGAGCUGCGUACCACAACAACGCCCCGCGCGUCUGUUGGGAUAAUUUGCACGCACGGCGUUCCAAUUGUGCAGGGGGGGGGGGUGCUUUGCGAGGCCUCCCGGAAUCAAACAUCGAUUUGGAAAUCAUCAAAAUUUCUGUUCUUGCCGGACAAUAUACGCACCGGCUCUCUGGCUCACGGGGACAAAUAAUUUGCGAGUUUGCAACUUGAAAAUAAAAUAUGCAGUGCACAGCAUAUACACAACACCCUGAAUGUCACCGUGUUGCGCCAAGCAACAGAUUUGCUCUGUAUGACACCGGCAACCUUCGCAGGACCGCCUGACCUCGAGACCGCGUCUGCUCAGUGGUCGUCGCCCCCACAUUAAUUAAGGAUCCUAUGUGGACAUUGCAUCCAAUAUCAGGGAGUUGGGCACGCCACAAAACCCUGCUGCAGUUCGCAACACGUCGGAGGACACCACUCGUCCGGUGCAGGCCGGGAUGACGUUACCGCUCUCGAGACCCACAGCAGCCCAGAGGGCCAGGGACGUGACUCAGUAAUAGCAGCCCUCCUAUCCAGAGCCUGGUAGAGAGGGCCUUACCGGAAUUUAUAUAAAAACCUGGCACCACCUGAAGGAAUGUAUUCAUAUCAAUUUACUCCUCUCGCUUCCCCUGCUUUCGGAAAAAAAACCCGUCGACUUUCCUUCCUGAAGAGGGCAUCUCUUUUUGUUUUGGUCUAAUUGUGUACACGGCGGUUGCUCAAACGCCUCUAGAAUAGGGCAUCGAAAUAAACGCGCGCUAACGCGACUACAGUAUUGCGAUGACGAUGGAAACUAACGCAGGAAAAUGGAUUCUCCCGUGACCAGUACGGACGAUGUCUCAAACAUUUGACCGUCCACCUUGCACAAUGUAUACGUAUCUAAUACACUCAUGCAUAUAAUAUAUCUAUUGCCUGUGCCACCC